AUGGAGAUCCUCGUCCAUGUUUCUGCCCCCAGUAGGGCGCAAGACGAUGCACGAUACCGUGCUCAGGUCGCCGCCAUCUUGAACUUCCAAUCAGCACAACGACAGUUGCUGACGGCAGAUACCCGCGAUAGACCAACAAAGCAGUCGGCCGUGGCUCAUCCCGUCUCACUUGUCGAGCAAGAUAUCCCCUGUGGACCACCUCGCUCGGACCAUCUGCGCCCUGCCACUAUCCCCCUUCCAGAAUGGGCCCUCGAGCCCCAGCCGAUCGCUACUAAGAUCGGUUCCGGCCAGACGGCACCUCUAGAUCGUGUCCGUCAGCCCGCCCCGGACUUGCUCGACAGCCUGGUCAGCGUCAUUCCAGAGUCUCAACCGGACAUAUAUCAGACCACUCAUGAUCCGGGUCCAUCUCCACUUCUCGGAUACCUCAAUGAUCCUACCCCGGGGGUUGAAAAUAAUCCUCCAUCUAAAAAACGCCGGGUCGAGUCCCCAGCCCAAACCGACUAUUCUCAGUCCAGUCCAAACACCACAACUAUAAUCACUGCGAUUGCACUAGAUUCACCACCGCAGCCUGAAAAUGUUCCCACUUUCAACUACACAUCCCUAUCCAAAACUCCAUCCAGAAUUGGACCCCUUCUCCCACCCCUUCCCCUAGAGAUCCGACCCCUUCCACCCCCCAUCUCCACGACCCCCUUCACCACUCAUACCACCCCGACACUUUCCAUGCUCACGGAGCGUCUCAAGCCCGAAAGAACCUAUAAACCACUCCUUCAGACUCGGGCUCUGGAUCAACUUGAACGCGGCUAUUGGGCCGUGCACAUCAAUAUUUGCCCAGAAAACCAGAUCGCCAAAGAAAACAAUCUGGAGAAUGAACCAGACACAGCACCAGCACCAGCACUAGAAUCAGGAUCUCAAACUAUGAUUGGAGGUUCAUCGAAAGAAACUCAUCAUCACAGCCGAUAUUGGACUAUCUCCUUUUUCAACCGCUUCUGGUCCUUCCUUUCUGACUUUGUCGGCAAGGACGCCCGUGCCGGGUGGGGUGUCUGGUGCAUUCUGGAACAUGAACCUUCGCUUGCAUUCACACCAACUGCAGCUUCCCCAUAUGUCACAGUCGACGAACGCGUUCCGGUGCUGUUGAAGGUUUACGCUUGGGGAGAAGUCUCCAUACAUUUAUAUUUGCUCUUGUUCUUAGCGAGUGAGCGACGGGCUCGGAAGAUGGGGUUGCAAUGGCGGGAUUCAAACGAUAUAACAGUCAUCCAAAUGCCAUGA